AUGGCUUCACAUCCGGCAAUCAAAGCUGCUUAUUGGCCUUCAUGGUCAGAAACUUUCCCACCUUCAGCCGUAGACACAACUUUGUUCACUCACAUCUUCUAUGCUUUUCUCUUGCCAAGUAAUGUCACUUUCAAGUUCGAAUUAUCUGAUUCGACGGCUUCCCUUCUCAAGAAUUUCACUACCACCCUUCAUCAGAAAAACCCACCGGUGAAGACUCUCUUCUCAGUUGGUGGAGGUAGUAGUGAUCCAAAACUCUUUGCUAGAAUGGCUUCAAACGUGGGAUCACGUAACAUUUUCAUAAAUUCAGCAAUAGAAGUGGCAAGGAAUUAUGGGUUCGAUGGGAUGGAUCUUGACUGGGAAUUUCCUCAAAACCCGAAAGAUAUGGCUGACUUGGGCCAGUUGUUUAAGGAAUGGCGAGUUGCUAUUCAAAAGGAAGCCAGGUCCACCCACCGGUCUCCACUGUUGCUCACGGCUGCCGUCUACUUCUCCGUUGACUUUCAAUGGGCCGAAACCUACCGAAAGUAUCCUGCGGCAUCGAUCGCCAAAAGCUUGGAUUGGAUUAAUGCAAUGUGUUUUGAUUAUCAUGGUUCAUGGGACACUUCGGCAACCGGAGCCCACGCAGCAUUGUAUGAUCCCAAUAGCAACAUAAGCACAAGCUACGGGCUUACAUCAUGGAUUCGAGCUGGUGUUCCUCGACACAUGGUGGUUAUGGGCCUGCCACUGUAUGGAAAAACUUGGCAACUUAAAGACCCGAAUGUAAAUGGAAUCGGAGCACCGGCGGUGGCGACCGGCCCUGGAGAUGGCGUGCUGGUAUUUUCCGAGGUGGAGAAAUUCAAUAAAGAGAAUGGUGCUACGGUGGUGUACGAUGCCAGAACUGUGUCAACGUAUUCUUAUGCUGGGACAUCAUGGAUUGGGUACGAUGACAGCAGAUCCACGACUAUGAAAAUAAAGUUUGCUCAGGCCCUUGGGCUUCGUGGGUACUUCUUUUGGGCCCUUAGUUUUGAUAGUGAAUGGAAAAUCUCAAAGCAAGGUAAACUUUCUUAUCGCCAGGAACCCUAG